GCGCCGCAGAUUAUUAAGUUAAAAGUGACAACAUGGCGGCUGCCUGUGCUCCUCCUCUGGUCAUUCCCAUGCAUUAUGUUCCAUCCUUCAAAGUUGAUGUCCGAUUACACGAGCCACUUGCAGGAGGGGAAGUAACUCCAACCGAUGUAGAGAUAGAAAUGAUGUCGCUCUGUUCCCAGUUAGAUGUGCUGUGCAAGAAGGAACUCAGAGAUCAAAAUGACAAGAAAACAGAGCAUGGGAAAGUAAGCAGUGUCUUCACAGACAAAGCGACAGUUGUCCAUGACAGAAUGAAGCAAUUGCUGCUGAGACAAAAGCAAGACAUGAGCCUCUCGCAAUAUAUUGUGUGGCGAGGUUUGGACAAAGUGUUCCCGCGUGCUGUAACCUUCCUUUCUCAACCCGACGCACUUACUCAGCUGGAUAAGAAAACAAGCCUGGAUGGUUACUACCAGGAGUUGGGCUGUAUGAACCAGAUACUGUCUCUAUCCAUGCAGAUCAACUCCGACUUACACAACCUGUCGGACCAUAAGUAUAUUGCCCACCAGCUGGCCAUUCUUUAUCAAUCGGUGACAUCGUUGGAUGCAGCCUGUAUGGAGACCUAUAAGAAGAGUAUAGAAGAUAAUUUUAAAGUGGUGAAAGCCUCCCUGAAUGAGGACGGAGACGGGACCAGACUGCUGAGUAACCAACACAGAGAAUGGUUGAUCAAUUUGACAUGCAGUAUCGUGCAGAUAUUGACAUCAUUCCCAGCUGAACUCACCCAGGAGAUGGUCCAGCCCAGUCUAGCCCUGUACCAGACGUGAUUGAUGCCAAGCCAUACUCGUCGUGAUCUACGCUGUGAAAUACUUUAUAUGUGUAUUGAUUUUUUUAGGUUAAUGAUUUUUUUUAAUAGAAAGUAAUAUGGCUAAUUAGAAGUGGGUUGUUUUUUUUGAAACAAAAUCUCAUGUCUAGGAUUCCUGUUAUUGUCACAUUUAGGAUUCCUGUCAUUGUCACAGUUAGGACUCAUGUUAUUGUCACAUUCAGGAUUCCUGUUAUUGUCAUUUCUAGGAUUCCUGUUAUUGUCAUUUCUAGGAUUCCUGUUAUUGUCACAUUUAGGAUUCCUGUUUUGUCAUAUUUAGGAUUCCUGUUAUUGUCAUAUUUAGGAUUGUUGUUAUUGUCAUAUUUAGGAUUGCUGUUAUUGUCAUACUUAGGAUUCCUGUUUUGUCAUAAUUAGGAUUCCUGUUAUUGUCUCAGUCAUGGACUCAUGUUAUUGUCAUGUAUAAUACUCCUCUUAUUGUCACAGUCAAUGACUCCUGUUAUUGUCACAUUUAGGACUCAUGUUAUUGUAACAUUUAGGACUCCAGUUAUUGUCAUGUCUAGGCUCCCUUUAUAGUCAUGUCUAGGACUUCUUUUAAUUUCAUGUCUUAGAUAAAUUUAAGUAGAGUGGAAUCAACUUUUAAAUCAAUAGCCCAAACUUAAACUUCAACAGUGAAUAUCUGUAAAGCUUAAGCUCUGGUUUCCUAAAAACAAAUGUGGUUUUUUUUGUUGAAUUUCAGCCUAUGAAACAUUGUUGAUUUUUUGUGUGUUUUUAAAACCUAUUUUACAUCAUAUCACAAUUAACAUUAUCCUUGUUUAAGGAAGUCUCUUCCCCUCAAUAUAUAUAACCCUGAUCGCUAUGAAAUUAUGUCUCAUGAUUAUGUUACCUAAAACAUAACUUGUCUUUUUUUUUACCAAGGGUCAGUUAUUUCAGUCUGAAUUAUCUCAUAAUUGAGGACAUAGAUCUCAUUAUCAAGGACCUUUAUAAAACAAAUACUCUGAUGUUGUUUUGUUAUCUUAAUUUCCAUCAACAUCAUGAUAAAGUUGUAGUGCUAUAGAGACAUGAUUAUGUAGAAAUGUCCAGUGUUUAUUGUAUAGAAAAUUUGAUUGUACAAAGUGCUAGGUCUCAUUAUUUACAGAAUCCCAAGUUGUUACUGCAGAACCUCUCUAAUCCACCACUACAAUUUUCACUUUAGGCUUUGUAGCAAAUUCUUAAAAACUUUGGAUGAUCGAUUUUUUUUGCUCCUUCCUUGAUGAAAUUUGAAAAAAAACACUAUUUUUUCUUUUAAUAUGAAAGAAAUUGUCAUAAUAUACAAUCUUAGAUCUGAACUACAUCUUACAUGAUAAUUUCAUAUCCUCAAUAUACACACAGCAAUAACCCCACAAUCAAAAGGUAUACAAAAAUGUCAAUAUCUGUACCAUCAUACCAUGUUCUUUAAUGUUGUAACCAUGUCUAACAGCACAAUUGACUCAAUUUGUGACAGAAAAAGUAGUUUUCUCAUUUGGGAGUCUCGUCACUGGUUCUGGUGACCUUCUGUACUAGCUAAUUAACGUCAUUUUUGUGCGAAGUGUUUCAAGCUUAAUAACACAGUAUUAAGAACAGAAGUUGAAUUGGAGUUAUUUUCUUUGUAUUACAACCUAGAAACAGGAAUUGCAUAUUUUUGAAAUUGAAAAUACUGGCUUAAUAUAUUAACCCUUUACUAACAGAAAAUAUUAAACAAAAAACAUUAUCAGAAGAAUUUAAUUGAAAAUUGUUACAUUAAGGUAAGAAUUGUCUCAAAUAUAACAUUCAGUUUAUAUGUAGUGGAGAGGGUACCAGAUGUUAGGAUAUUGAGGUUCUGUUAAUGUUUUUGUUGUCACACCAUUGUUUUUAAAUGAUUCAAGCUGAGUGGAAUCUCUUUAAACUACAUGACUUGUAUAUACAAUCUCAAUAAGAUGAUAAUAAGGUCACAUUGUGCACUCUAAAAUAUGCAUGUCUGAUGUAGUAUUCUAUAGAUGUUAAUUGUAUCAGUAUGCAAUAUUCAGCUAAAUGAUUUGUCAGAAUUCUCAAUUUAUAUAUUACACUUCAAAAGUGAAUCAAUUUGAAUUCCAUUGAAACCAAAGUAUGAUGAAUCUGAAAUCCAGUAGGUGUUUUGAAGGUAGUUAGUUGCCUUGUGAUUACAUGUACUUAUAUUUGUCUUAGUUGCCGAUAGGUGUUAACAAAUAAGGAUGUACAGCUGUAUAGGUCUUGUAUAAGUAAACUAUACCAUAGAUGGUAGGAAAAUGUUCACUACUAGUUCCUCAAUAGUCUGUUUUAGACUAGUCAAGGGAGAAAGCACAAAGGCAACUAUUACAAGGAUCUAUAUAGAUAACGUUUUCUAAAAGAGACCAGCAGAUUGUGGAAAUCAAGAAAUCCUUCAUUAUAGAUGGGCAGAAUUGGGGCAAUCACAAUACACAGCCAUAUCGUAUCACAAUACAGAAAUGAAAUAUGGCUGUAUCAUAAUAUUUAUUAAUAAUUUAAUCUUGCUUGUAACAAGCAUUUCCAUUGGCUGAAAAAUUUAUGUUAUCAUCCCAUAACGUAAAAAGAUGACGUCAACAUUUGUAACGUCGCUUUUGAUAGGUUGAUACAGCGGCGCAAUAAUUUCUAAGAGAAAAGAGUCCAUCAAUAAAAUUG